AUGGUGAAGAAGAGCAAGUUGUUCGCGGCGCUCGACGCCCAUAAGGGCAAAGAUUAUGAGAAAGAGCGCCAGAAGAAGUUAGCAAAGGCCGCUGAGAAGAAGAAGAAGGCCCAGAAGGGAGAAUCAGAGGAGGUCGAGGAGGCAAAUGUAAAAGCUACCAAGGAUGUCGAGGCCAAUGACGAGGAAGAAGAUGCGGAAAUGGGCGGCAUCAAACUCGCAGAAGACAACGCAGAAAGCGAAGAAGAAGAAGAUGAUGAUGAAGAAGAAGAAAUCGAAGGUGAAGAAGAGGAAGAAGAUAUACCACUCUCAGAUCUCUCCGAAGACGAACGAGCAGAUGUCAUCCCCCACCAACGUCUUACCAUCAAUAACUCCGCCGCCAUCAACGCCUCUAUCAAGCGCAUAUCAUUCAUCACCUCCCAAACUCCGUUUUCAGAACACAAUUCCCUGGUUUCUACAGAUGACAUGGACGUUCCCGACCCCAACGACGAUCUCACUCGCGAACUUGCGUUUUACAAAGUCUGCCAAGCAGCUGCAAUUGAGGCUCGUCGUACUUUGAAAAAGGAAGGUGUGUCUUUUACCAGACCGACCGAUUAUUUCGCAGAAAUGGUCAAGACGGAUGAGCACAUGACCAAGAUCAAGAAAAAGCUGUUUGAUGAGGCAGCAUCCAAGAAGGCGGCGGCCGAUGCGCGACGACAGCGUGAUCUGAAGAAGUUUGGAAAGCAGGUGCAGGUUGCCAAGUUGCAGCAGCGCCAGAAGGAGAAGAAGGAGACGCUAGAGAAGAUCAAUAGUUUGAAGCGGAAACGUAAGACCGAAUCAACCGGCCCCACCGAUAAUGACAACGACCUCUUCGACGUCGCCAUUGACAACGACAACAAGAAGUCCUCUUCCUUUGGCGGAAAACGCGGCGGCAAAGACGCAGCUGGCGGCGCAAACCCCAAGCGACAAAAGAAGGACGAGAAAUACGGCUUUGGCGGCAAGAAGCGAUUCGCCAAGUCCGGCGAUGCCAUGUCGUCGGCUGAUCUACGUGGAUUCUCGGCUAAGAAGAUGAAGGGCGGCAGUGGUGGUGGUGGUGGUGGUGCGAAGAAAAGGCCUGGGAAGAGUAGGAGAAAUGCUAUGAAAUGA